AUGACACCCCUGUCAGAUCACAGGCUGCAGGCUGGGGAGACCUUUGUUUGCUUCUGUGCCGUUGUGGUCCAUGGGCCCCUCCCGCUGUCCAUGGGAGCUCCCUUGUCACCCUUUGAGAGGGACAAGAACCCACAGGUGGAACUGUUCUUGAAAACUGCACUGAGCCGCAGCGACGUCCUCCUCCAGCAGUGUUCCUACGCCUCAGCCCUGUGCUGGACACCGGGACGUGGGGUAACAAAACCCGCCCCAGCCUGGGUGGCCCCGGCCGCAGACCUCGCCCCACGCCCUCUCCCGCUCUGUCCUCCAGCGGCAUCCUUACGCCGGGCAUCGUGUGAUCGCGUCUGCGCGCUCCGCCCUGUCUGCCGGCGUAAGGAAGGGCUCGCCCCGCGUCUAGGUUCUUACUGGAGGGGACUGAAAAGCGCGAAAAAGCUCCCCGCGCGGCAGUGCGCAGGCUCAGCGGCACUUCUGCUCUCCUCCGCUGGGACCCUGGCAACUCGGGGCGCGCGCGGCUGCCGGGUGGUGGCGCUGGGGAGAAGGCUCCCGAGGGUGUGGGGGCCUGCGGGUGGUGAUGCAGGGCCCGGCGGGCUGAGGGGCGCGGCGCUGGACGGCAUGGGCUGCCCGGGUGGGGGUCCCGACGGCCUGGGAGGCGGAGCGGGCCUGGCGCGGCUUUUGGGGCUGUGGACGCGGUCCCCCGGCGCCGGCAGGUGCAGGCUGCUGGCCGGACUCGGUGCUCCCGGGCUUCCGCGCACGGGGCUCCCGGGCGGCCCAGCCGGCGCGGUCCGGGAGGGAGGCGAGGCCUGGCGGCGUGGGCCGGCGUUGCCUGCGGCCGCGGCGACUCCCAAGGACGACUCUCGGCUGCGGCCCGCGGCGGCCGGGCGCUCGGAGGCCCGGAAGCUCCUGGGGCUGGCUUACCCCGAGCGCCGGAGGCUGGCAGCUGCGGUUGGGUUUCUGGCUGUGUCCAGUGUCAUCACCAUGUCUGCGCCCUUCUUCCUGGGGAAGAUAAUCGACAUCAUUUACACAAACCCCACCGUGGACUUCAGGUAUGACCUGACCCGCCUCUGCGUGGCGCUCAGCGGUGUGUUCCUGUGUGGUGCUGCUGCAAACGCUGUUCGUGUCUACCUCAUGCAAACCUCGGGUCAGCGCAUUGUGAAUAGGUUGAGAGCUUCAUUAUUCUCCUCCAUUCUGAGGCAGGAGCUUGCUUUCUUUGACAAGACUCGCACAGGAGAAUUGAUUAACCGCCUCUCCUCAGACACUGCACUCCUGGGACGCUCGGUGACUGAAAACCUCUCAGAUGGGCUCAGGGCCGGGGCCCAAGCUUCCGUCGGCAUUGGCAUGAUGUUUUUUGUCUCACCUCAUCUGGCCACUUUCGUUUUGAGCGUGGUACCUCCAAUAUCCAUCCUCGCUGUGAUUUAUGGACGAUAUCUACGAAAACUGACCAAAGUCACACAGGAUUCCCUGGCACAAGCCGCUCAGCUAGCUGAGGAACGUAUUGGAAAUAUAAGAACUGUUCGAGCUUUUGGGAAAGAAAUGACUGAAAUAGAAAAGUACACCAGCAAAGUGGACCAGGUGAUGCAAUUAGCAAGGAAAGAGGCCUUUGCUCGGGCUGGCUUCUUCGGAGCAACUGGGCUCUCCGGGAACCUAAUUGUGCUUUCCGUCCUGUACAAAGGAGGGCUGCUGAUGGGCAGUGCCCACAUGACAGUGGGUGAACUCUCUUCCUUCCUCAUGUAUGCUUUCUGGGUUGGAGUAAGCAUCGGAGGUCUGAGCUCUUUCUACUCGGAGCUGAUGAAAGGAUUGGGUGCUGGGGGACGCCUCUGGGAGCUCCUUGAGAGAGAGCCUGAGGUUCCUUUUAAUGAGGGGGUCAUUUUGAACAAGAAGAGUUUCCAGGGUUCUUUGGAGUUUAAGAAUGUGCACUUCGCCUAUCCAGCUCGCCCGGAGGUACCCAUAUUCCAGGAUUUCAGCCUUUCUAUCCCAUCGGGAUCCGUCACAGCACUGGUUGGCCCGAGUGGUUCUGGCAAGUCAACAGUGGUUUCCCUCCUGCUGAGACUGUAUGACCCCAUUUCUGGAACUAUCAGUCUCGAUGGCCAUGAUAUCCGUCAGCUAAAUCCAGUCUGGCUGAGAUCCAAGAUUGGGACAGUGAAUCAGGAACCAAUUUUGUUUUCUUGCUCGAUUGCUGAGAACAUUGCUUAUGGUGCAGACGACCCUUCUUUGGUGACUGCUGAGCAGGUAGAGAAAGUGGCUGAUGUAGCCAAUGCCGCUGCUUUCAUCCGAAAUUUCCCUCAGGGAUUCCAUACGGUGGUUGGAGAAAAGGGCGUGCUCCUUUCAGGUGGGCAGAAACAGCGGAUUGCAAUUGCCCGUGCUCUGCUUAAGAAUCCCAAAAUUCUUCUACUAGAUGAAGCAACCAGUGCACUGGAUGCUGAAAAUGAGUACCUUGUACAAGAAGCUCUAGAUCGACUAAUGGAAGGAAGAACAGUGUUAAUUAUUGCCCAUCGUUUGUCUACCAUUAAGAAUGCUAAUAUGGUGGCUGUUCUUGACCAAGGAAAAAUUACUGAAUGUGGGAAACAUGAAGAACUGCUUUCAAAACCAGAUGGGAUAUACAGAAAAUUAAUGAACAAACAAAGUUUUAUUUUAGCAUAAAGAAGCAAUUACUGGUAAACCGAAUAUAAAGACUUUAAAGCAAAACAGCAUUGCAGGAAAAAAAAAACUUGACACAGUAUGAAACCUGUAAAUCAUACAAGUUAUUUGAAAUAUGCCUAUUUUUUCCAAAGUGUAAAAUAUUGUUUUGAGAUGUACCUAUUCUCAAGAACUUUUUAUUCAGUUUUAAUAAUUGUAACUUUCUAAAUGUCUAUAGCACUGAAGUUAUUUUCAGGUUUUGUACUUUCUUUUAUCUUGGAAUAUUUUAAUUAAUAUAGCAUGGAACCUCAUUUUUUUUUUUUAACCUGCUGUAAUAAAUUGAAGCUGUUGUCAAAUGACAACUUUUAAAAGGGAAUUAUAAAUAAAAAGCCUAAUUAUUUUAGGCCAGUUUGCCAAUCACUGUGUAAUUCUCUUGGUAGUAUUCUACCUACUUUGGGUCUGAUUUUACUAGGUAAUGUAAUAGAAGAUGAAAAUCUAACUCUUUUUUUGUCCCAAUAAUCUCAUGAGGCAAACCUGACUAAUAUGCAUACAGAAAUAGUUAAUGUCACAUGGCCAGAAGGGGACAUUUAUAUUACCCAUCUCCUGUGUCUUCAAAGGUGUGAGAGUUUAGGAGUGUGUUCCUCUGGGAUGAGACUGUGUUUGGAUGUGUGCAGUUUUCAACAUUUUGGCACAUGAGAGCUUGAUGAGUUUUAAAAAGGGGAGAAGCCCCAUCCUUUGAAUAGGAAAACUUCUAUUUUCAUUAUUCACAUAUUUGUUUUCUGUGACUACUUUGGGAAGUGAGGCAUGAAAUGCCAAAUAUUAUCAAGAAAGGUGGAAAAAUUAAUUUUAUAUUUAAGUUUUCUAAAGGCAUGUAUUUUGAAAAUUAUCUUUUAAAAAUAUAGAAUUCUUAGCCAAAUUUUACAGCUUUUUAUUAGGUAAAUACUUUUGAAAUUUCAUUCAAUGAGGCUAAAAUCCAAAUAAUAUAACUGUAAUUUUCGACCUUAAAACAUCUGAAGAAAGUUUAGAAUUCUUGCUAUUCUACAGAAUAUCAAGAAACCUUAAGAACUUGUCACUCUUCUGAAAAGAGCACAAUAACGCUUUUUCUUUUAUUCCAUAAAUUCCUAAAGUAAUGCUGACAACCAGUGGAUUUGCCAUAUUUCAUAUUAGUGCUGUUAAUUUGCUGUUGUCUCAAGAAAAAGUGCUUUUUCUACAUUGAUGAUGCCAGAACCUAAGCAGUAACUAUGUUGAUGUAAUUAAAAUGGAAGAUUUCUCAUGUACUAAGUAUUCAUUAGUUCCCUGAUUAUACUGGAAAAAGAAACCACUAUUUCAUGAUAAGCAUGGAAUAUUUCAUUCUACAUAGGGGAAUUUUUUAAUGAAUAAAAUGAAUUCAGUGAAUGAAUGAACUCAUUGUUCUUUAAAUCAUUAACAGUACCUCUGUGACAAUCAUUUUAACGAGCUUUACUUGUAUUCUUUAUACAGUUUGCUAUUAUGGUGUGGUUCUCAGCAGACGAAACACAAUUACAAGGUUGAAUCUGGGGGAAAUCUCUUUGUGCCAUAGAAGCAUUUACAAAAUUGAAUUUGAUCAUUAUAUUUUAUUUUCUAAUACAAGAUGUUCAAUUGUGUCUUUAGGUAACAUUUUAUAUCAUGGAUUAAAAUUUAUAGUGAACUUCA